UUCAAACUAGUGACCGAGCAGCGGCUGCUGCUUCGCUUAUGACGAGCGCCACUUCGUGCGUCACGGUGCGCUCCGGACUCUCCACCCUGCAUUUUAAUUGUUGGCGGCUCGGCAUGUGAUGCUCCGUCCCCUCACUGUCCUGUGCACGUUCACGUUCACUCAGGACCACAACUACGCGCGCGCGCUGCAGCUGGCUCUGAUGCGUCCGUGCAUUUCUGCACCUAUAUGAUCCACCAACAGCGUCCACUUUAAAGGCUGGAGAUUUGCUGAUCGCCACUCCAGAGUCCCGGACUGAAUUCCCGAAGAAAAAUCCAUCUCUCCACACUUUACGUUGCAUCCCUUUCUUCUCCAGUCUGUGCUUCUAUCACUGUUUUUCUGUUCCACCCAGUCUCUGUCUCUUAUUUCCUCCAUCCACCCCCCACCCCCUCCCAAAUCUCAGCCUCCCUGAUGCCUAAGAACAGCAAGGUGACACAGCGCGAGCAGAGCCAUGAGCACGUCACAGAGUCUGUGGCUGACCUGCUCGCACACGAGGAGCCGCUCGACUACAAGAGCAGCUCCCUGAACGUCGGGCCAGCGGCAGGGAAGAAAGUUCCCCAGAUAGAAGUACCUGAAAAUGACGGGCGACCCGCAUGGAACAGCAAACUGCAGUACAUCCUGGCCCAGGUGGGCUUCUCUGUGGGCCUGGGGAACGUGUGGCGCUUCCCAUACCUGUGCCAAAAGAAUGGAGGAGGUGCCUAUUUGGUUCCUUACUUCAUCCUCCUCCUCAUCAUCGGCGUCCCACUCUUCUUUUUGGAGCUGGCAGUGGGUCAGAAGAUCCGACGUGGGAGCAUCGGGGUGUGGAACUAUGUGUGUCCCCAUCUGGGUGGGAUAGGGAUGUCAAGCUUGAUGGUUUGUGGCUUCGUGGGUCUCUACUACAAUGUGAUCAUUGGUUGGAGCAUCUUCUACUUUUUCCAGUCCUUCCAGUACCCUCUGCCAUGGAGCGAUUGUCCAAUCAGAAAAAAUGGGACUCUUGCCAUCAUAGAGCCGGAGUGUGACAAAAGCUCGGCCACGACAUAUUUCUGGUACCGGCAGACUCUGAACACAACCAGCACCAUUGCAGAGAGUGGCGGCCUGAAUGUCAAAAUGACCCUGUCUCUGCUGGUGGCCUGGAUCAUCGUCUGUCUCGCAGUCAUUAAAGGAAUCGCCUCCUCUGGGAAGGUGAUGUACUUCAGCUCGCUGUUCCCCUACUUGGUGCUGUUCUGCUUUCUGGUCCGGGGUUUAAUGCUGAAGGGAUCAGUGGACGGGAUAGCUCACAUGUUUACUCCAAAGUUGGAGAAGAUGUUGGAGCCCCAGGUGUGGAGGGAAGCAGCCACCCAGGUCUUCUUCGCCCUCGGACUGGGGUUUGGAGGAGUCAUCGCCUUCUCCAGCUACAAUAAGAUAGACAACAACUGUCACUUCGACGCUGUGCUCGUCUCUUUCAUAAACUUCGUCACCUCCAUUUUGGCCACGUUGGUGGUCUUUGCCGUGCUCGGUUUCAAGGCUAAUAUCAUGAAUGAAAAGAAUGCAGAAAAGAUCCUGGGAUAUGUCAACUCUAACGUCCUGAGCCACGACCUCAUUCCUCCACAUGUGAACUUUUCUCAUCUGACAACAUCAGACUACGCCGAAAUGUACGGAGUCAUCAAGACAGUGAAAGAGGACAGCUUUUCCCGCCUGGGUCUGGAUCCUUGUCUCCUGGAGGACGAGCUGAAUAAGGCCGUCCAGGGCACUGGCUUGGCCUUCAUUGCAUUCACAGAGGCCAUGACCCACUUCCCAGCGUCUCCAUUCUGGUCAGUGAUGUUCUUUUUCAUGCUUAUCAACCUGGGUCUUGGUAGCAUGAUUGGCACCAUGACUGGCAUCACCACACCUGUCCUGGAUGCCUACAAGGUCCAGAAGGAACUUUUCACAGUGUGUUGCUGUAUUGUGGCUUUCCUUUGUGGCCUGUUGUUUGUUCAGCGUUCAGGAAAUUAUUUUGUUACCAUGUUCGAUGAUUACUCAGCUGGACUGCCCCUCACGGUUGUGGUCAUCCUGGAAAAUGUAUCCGUUGCCUGGAUAUAUGGCACUAAAAGGUUCAUGCAGGACCUGGAGGACAUGUUGGGUUUCCGCCCAUCUAUGAUCUAUUUCUACCUGUGGAAAUACGUCUCCCCUCUGUGUCUCAUCGUUCUCAUCUCAGCUACAGUCAUAGAGAUGGCCAUCAGCCCACCGGGUUAUAAUGCCUGGGUUCAAGAGCUGGCCCAGGAACGCUUCCAGAGUUACCCUCCCUGGGCUCUGGCCAUGUGCUUCGCUCUCAUCGUGGUGGCCAUGCUUCCUCUUCCUAUUGUCUUCAUCGCCCGUCACUUCAACCUGAUGUCCGAUGGCUCCAACAAGCUGUCCGUCUCCUACCGUAAAACCAUGAUGAAAGACAUAUCCAACCUUGAGGAGCAAGACGAGGCCAGGUUCAUCCUCGGCGCCAAGCCCGGUGAUCCGGCAGUUCCGGCACGCAGGCCCUACGUGACCCCAGCAGGGAAUAAAGCUCUGGAUCCCAACUCUUUGUCUCCAAACAUCUGCUAUGGCACAAGCUACCAAAACGCCGCCAUAAGCCCCACCACGCCAACAACACCGCCAACGCCUGUCACACCAGAGUCGGACUCUUGAGUGCUGUCCAACCCCGAGAAACAGCCCGUAACACCCAGUCCUGUACAACACUUUACUUUUUAGCCAUAAAUCUCCACUGGGGGUCACUGCAGCACAAAGUAUUUCCACCACUGCCCUUCCAAUGAAACGAAACUCGGCAAAGACACCCAAUUAUUAUGAGCACACUUGUCCCCAAAACAUCGACCAAAAACAACCUGAAAGUCCACAAUGUUUCCAUAAAACCCAAAAUCUGGAAAGGUCAUUAGGAGAUUUGUGUGACCCGGCAGGAGAAAAAAAACACACCUGUACAUCUGUAUAUGUCUCAAGUUGAACAGUUUUGUCGACUUAUAUCAAAGGUUUGCGAUCUGCUCCUCUUUGUCUUAGUAUGAGACAGGUCAGCAGAGCCCAGAAGCACAUUUCACAUCUCUGUUCUGUGCAGGGGCUUUUAGA